AUGGAAGGCGCGCCCCAGGACGCGAACGGCGGACCCGCGCAGGCCCCGGAGACGCCCGCGGAUCCCCCAGCCGCGCCAGAGACGGCGCCCGAAAUGCCCAAGCCGGAUGGCGACAAUCCCGAAGCCAAGCCGACCCCGAACGGGGAUUCAUCUGCCCCUGUUGCCGCGCCGACGCCCAUGUACUCGGAGGUCCAGCAGGCCGCGCAGGCGGCGGCGGGAGGCGGCGACGGGAGCGCAUCGCAGGCGCCCGCACCUCCAGUGGCGAACAGCCCAUACAUGGAAAGAUACAACGAGUACUGGCAGACCGUCAAGGAGAAUCCGGACGAUUUCCAGUCGUGGACGUACCUUAUAUCCACGGCAGAACAGAUGGAUGACAUCAACUGCUUGAGGGAGGUAUUCGAUGCCUUUCUUGUGGAGUACCCUCUUUGCUAUGGGUACUGGAAAAAAUAUGCUGAUGCUGAACACCGGCAUGGCAACGACGAGAGGGCUGUUGAGGUGUACCAGCGGGGCGUGCAGUCCAUCCCUUACUCUGUGGACCUCUGGGGCCAUUUCUGCAGUUUUGUGCAGAACCUUCCUGAGACGCCUGAAGAGAAAACAAGGAGGACAGGCUGUGGCUGUGGUGCUGCCUUUGCCGGCCCCGACCGGGAGGUUUUUGACGUGUGUGUGUGGGACUGA